ACGUAACCAAAAUCGAAGACCCCCGUAUUUUUCCUUUUCUCCCACGUGAAGCUCAAUUGUUGUGAAAUACUUUGUAAUUACAAGUUAAGUUUGUUCAAGACACAAUCAUGGCAGUCCGCGUCCAAUUUGAAAAUAAUAAUGAAGUAGGAGUGUUCAGUAAAUUGACAAAUUCUUAUUGCCUCGUCGCAAUCGGUGGAUCGGAAAACUUUUACAGCGUGUUUGAGGCAGAAUUGUCUGAAACCAUCCCUGUAGUUCAUGUGAGCAUUGCAGGGUGCAGGAUCAUUGGACGUAUGACGGUUGGUAACAAAAAUGGACUUCUGGUUCCGUCAUCGACAACAGACACAGAAUUGCAACACAUUAGAAACAGUUUACCGGACGCUGUCAAAGUGCAGCGUGUGGAAGAGCGACUCAGCGCACUUGGGAACGUGAUCGCCUGCAAUGACUAUGUAGCACUCGUGCACCCAGACCUGGACCGAGACACAGAGGAAAUACUAGCAGACACACUGGAUGUGGAAGUGUUCAGACAAACAGUCGCAGGAAAUGUUUUAGUCGGUUCGUACGCUGCGCUCAGUAAUCGAGGUGGACUGGUUCAUCCGAAGACCACAAUUCAAGACCAGGAUGAGUUGUCAUCUCUGCUGCAAGUACCACUAGUAGCUGGCACAGUGAACAGAGGUAGUGACGUCAUUGCUGCAGGGAUGGUAGUCAACGACUGGUGCGCAUUCUGUGGCUUAGACACAACAUCAACAGAAAUCUCAGUUAUAGAAAGUGUAUUUAAGCUGAAUGAUGCCAAGCCCACAGCCAUCACAUCAACAAUGAGAGCAUCGCUCAUUGACAGCAUGUCCUAACAGAGGACUUGAUGUACCAGACUAUUUGUGAUAUUAUUUGUGUAAAUUCCGACCCACUAUGCACAGAAAUUAUAACUUGUUGAUCAGAUUUCUUACCAAACCAAUGAGCCUUGAAUUGAAUAUUCUCCAUG